GGAAAAAAGACUAUUGGCUAUGGUCAUAAUUGUAAUGCUGAUCUCCAGAAAUAUAAACAAAUCUGUGCCUCUAUCUCUUGUGAACAGGGCGAGGUCAUUCUAAAGAAAGAUUUAGUUGAAAAAGAAGCUUGUAUUACUGAACUCCCAAAAAUAAAUAUUAAUUCUGAUCA